AGAUUUAAGGCUGUCGAAAACCCAAAACCAGCUGAGAUUUUUGACGUCUUGUCUGCUACCGGUUUGAAUCCAGUACUUGACCGAGGAAAACUUCAUCCACGCGAACAAGAUCGGGAACCCGAGAAUCGAGGUCGCGUUCGAGUUCAGUUGAAAAACGAUGACGGAACUCCCAAGAAUAAGGACUAUCCAACCCGUAAGCUCUACUUUGCCAACUACUAUCCAUUUCUUCUUUUUUUAUGCUAUCAUCUCCCAGGUACUGCUUUGCUGAAGUAUGUCGCCACUAUGAUCCCCAAGUUGAAAACACGGCAACCUGGGUACACGGCUACCACAGCCGGUGCAGGACCUUCGACAGCUAAGAAGAAUAAGAAGAAGAAGUAG